UAAACGUCUCCGCUCUUUAAAUUCGUGACAAUGACUGGCCGUGGUAAAGGAGGAAAAGGAUUGGGAAAAGGAGGAGCCAAGCGUCAUCGUAAAGUUCUUCGUGACAACAUCCAGGGAAUCACCAAACCAGCGAUCCGUCGUCUGGCUCGUCGUGGUGGCGUCAAGCGUAUCUCAGGUCUGAUCUACGAAGAAACUCGUGGAGUUCUCAAGGUCUUUCUUGAAAAUGUCAUUCGUGACGCUGUCACCUACACCGAGCACGCCAAGCGUAAGACUGUCACCGCCAUGGACGUUGUCUACGCUCUGAAACGUCAAGGCCGUACUCUUUACGGUUUUGGAGGUUAAUUUCAUCACUCGACUCUGCUAAUAUCAAACCAAACGGCCCUUUUCAGGGCCACCAAAUUUUUUUCACGUAAAAAAUUAUUCAAGUUUCGUUUCUUACCCAUCCAUUAAUACAUGAUCCCACCAAUUUAUACUACUAACGACAUCUAACUCCUGAAAUGCUAACAUGUAUUCGUCUUACUUCAGACGUUUCGUGUUCAUACACCGAUAUCAUUUGAUUUAAAUUUUUCAUAAAGUCUUUUAGACCUGACUAAACUUCGUCAGGAAAUCACUAAAUCUUGUCAAUGUUUCUCCAGAUCAUCCGUAGAUCUGAAAUCUCCAAUCUGACCGAACUGAUAAGUAAGCCCGAGUUGACGUCUAAUUCACCUUUGCUUUAAAUAGUUAGUUCUUAGAUAUUUUCUAAUUUGCAACUCAACUCUUUCAGUCAUUUUGUUAACGCG